AUGUUUUGGUGUUUAAGGAAAAGGAAAGUCCCAGAAAAGUUGGUUAGGCUGGGCGAGACGACAUAUGAAAGAAAGCCCACAGAAGUAAUAACAGCAGUUGGGGAAACUGAAAACUUUGAAGUUAGUGUUGGAUUAUACCGGGGGUCAGCAUUAAGCCCGUUUUUGUUUGUACUGGUCAUGGGUGUGUUGAGUGCAGAGAUCAGGAAUGAAGAGCUGUGGGAGUUGUUGUACGCCGAUGAUCUGGUGAUUACUGCUGAAAAUGAGGAGGACCUACAGAGAAGGGUUGGAGAGUGGCAGGAGUCUUUAGAGAGGGGUGGCUUAAAGGUGAAUGUGAACAAAACAGAGAUUUUGUUGAGCAGUAGGGAAGACAAAGACAGAAUAGUAAUACAAGAAAAAAAGAGGCUCGAUUAUAAAACUGGAAGAAAAGUUUAA